AUGAAGUUGACCUCGCUCCUCGCCGCAGCCCUCUUGAUGGGCUCGGCACUUGGCGGUGCCAUCACCAACGGCGACGCGAUUCCUGCACAUGUGGCUACUGUUCCUGAAGCCGACACGGUCAAGAUCCCCAUUACCACCGCCAAUUCUCGCGGCGCUUCGGACGUUAAACCGAAACUCGUCGCUACCAUGAUCCUCGACAAGGUCAGCGACGUUCUCACCUUUUCGCCCGCGUCCUCUCUCGGCGGUCUCAAGCGUCACCGCCGACGUAUUCACCAACAAGCAUCAUCGCUCGCCCAACGAGCGCUGCCGGCGCUUCGCUGGCCAUACAACAGCUCGAAGCGCAAAGUGCGCGGUGUAUCGCUCGGAGGUUGGCUGGUGGUCGAACACUUUAUUACACCGAGUAUCUACGCGUCCACGGGAAACGACAAGAUCAUCGACGAGUGGACGUUUGGUUCGCUCCAACCGCGCGAUCAGGCGGUCAGCAUUCUGCAGAAACACCUCAAUUCGUUUGUCAGCGAAGACGACAUUCGACAGAUCGCGGCUGCUGGUCUGAACCACGUUCGUAUCCCGAUUGGUUACUGGGCGUUUGAGGUGUCGCCGGGAGAACCGUUCCUCAAGUUGAACCAGUGGGAUCUGCUCAAACAGGCCGCACUAUGGUGUUCAAAAUACAACCUCAAGGUGCUCGUCGAUCUUCAUGCGGCUCCAGGUAACCAGAACGGUUUCGACCAUGGUGGACGUCGUGGUGUUAGCACUUGGGCUGGUAACGCUACCAACAUUCAACGUACCAUCGAUAUCUUGCAGACCAUGUCCAGGGAGUUUUCCAAGUCGAAAUACGCCAAUUCCGUCACUGCGUUGGAGCUGCUCAAUGAGCCCGUCACGGAUAAGGAUGUGGUGCUCGAUUUUUAUCAAAGGGCAUACCAGGUGGUUCGGUAUCCCAACGGUCCAAGUGCUGCCGAGUCUCCGCUGCUGGUUGCCAUCAGCGAUGAAUUCGUCUCGCCCGCUUACUCCACCUAUUGGGACGACAAGCUGCGUCCGCCUACCUACGAAGGCGUAGCGCUCGACACGCACAUCUACACCAUCUUUGACGACAAGUCGCUUCGGCUCUCGAGCAAAGACCGUAUCAACUACUACUGUUCGCUCAAACCGAAAUGGGCCGCAGCCAACAAGAUCCACUACCAACUACUGGGAGAAUGGACCCCAGCCUUCACCGACUGUGCCCAAGGCAUCAACGGUCGAGGCCGAAACAGCCGAUACGACGGAAGUUUCAAGGGCAGUCAAGGCAAGAUCAACAGCUGUUACGGUCGAAGUGGUAGCGCGUCCACCUUUACCACCAACUACAAAAACCUUCUCGCCAGAAUGUGGGAGGCCCAGGUAGACGCCAACGAAGGCGGCAUAGGUUGGUUGAUGUGGACCUGGAAAACAGAGCCAGGCGCAGCCGAGGAUUGGAGCUACCAAAAGGGUCUCGAAUACGGAUGGAUUCCAAAAGACCCUACUCAAAGGCCCCAAGGUGUCCGAUGCUGA